UUGAUUCUCUCUGUUGUCCGUUGUUAUUGACCUUCAGUUUUGUGUGCCUCUGUGUUGUCGCUGUAAUACAUUCUGUCCUAUUGUUAACACUGAGGAAUAUUUUACUUGUUUGUUCGUUUUUACGAUUGUAGAAGAAGAACCUGUCAUUUGUAACCUCUGACAUGGAAGCAAUUUAUCAAGAAAGAAGAAACCGAAUGUUGAAAGCAUGUGUUGGUCGUGAGGCUGAAAUGAAGGGAAAGAACACAGCAAAAUAUGUGAAAAACAAUAUAAUAAUUGAUCAAGUGUUGGGAAUAGCCUAUUGUCCAGUAGAAAAGAUUGCUUCGACAUUCUGGAAACGUGUUUUGCGGCUUGUGGUUGGGGAAGCACACGCUAAAUCGCCUUUCGACAGCACAGUAAUUGCACUGGCUAAUUUCAAUGACAUGACUAGUAUUCCGGAAGGCAUGGUCGAUAGAUUCAUGAAGGAAUCUCUAACAUUUAUGUUUGUCCGUGAGCCGUACGGUCGACUGUUAUCAGCCUAUGUAGAUAAGCUAUUUUCACCAAAUCUGUAUUACUGGAAAAUAUAUGGCGGCUUUGGAGUACACGUUACGCGGAAUGAAUCAACUGAAUGUGGACAUAACUUAACAUUUAAAGAGUUUGUAAAAACAGUCUUAUACGCAGAUGAAGUCAACCAGAAAAGAGAUGGGCAUUUUACCCCUUCUUAUGAGCAUUGUGAUCCUUGUCGGUACAAAUGGCAUGUGAUCGGUACUUUGGAUACCCUUUCUCAGGAUAUUUUCUAUAUUCUGGAUCGCAUAGGUAGAACAGAUUUGAUGCGAUCACUAAACAAGGAUUUCCGAGAGCAAUAUUUGAACCACACAAUAUUAGACCAGUUUAAUUGGUUAUUUUUUUUCCGGGAUAGCUAUGCCAAUGAUUGUAACGUAACGUUCUAUGAGGCUCAAAAACGACUCUGGAAACAAUUUCAAAUCCGUGGUGUUCUCACAAAAGAAUCGGAAUUUCCCCUCACUACCGAAGAGAGUGAGGGUCUCACAAAGACCAAACUAAUGAGUAUUGUGUAUAAUGCGAUGGGGAAUGCGGAGAAACGGUCCAAAGCAAGAAAAAACAAAGCAGAAGCUAUUAAAGAGGCCUACUCGACGUUAGACAGGGACGAUUUAGAUAAGCUUAGUAAAAUGUUCCAACCAGACUGUGAUUUGUACGGGUAUGAUUGUAAACCAGAGCAAUUGUUCAACACAGAAAGGACUGUAAUUGAACCAUGGUUCUUUAAAUAUGAUACAUGACAUUCGUACCCUCAUAAAGGUAUAGUGUUUAUGUUAGUUUAUACUUUUGGUGUAAUUAUGGGUAAUUUUGGUUUAAGUUUUGGUGAAACAUGGCUUGAUAAAAAACGUAUUUUAUCUCAGCAGUAAAAACAGGGGAAAAGCGGGUACGUACUGAUGAAGGAUCAGUCUCACAACG